AUGAUCAGGGCGGCUUUGGUGAAGUGUGACAGUGGAUGGUUUCAUGCGGAGGCGGUUGCGAAUUGUGUGUGUGUGUGCGUGGUUGACCGUGAACUUUACACGCUCAAGAUCGAGGGUUCGAUCCCCUCCUCCGAUAUUUGA